AGGAUGAACAGAGAGAGAAAUCUGUCUCCCAUCACACUGUCCAGCAGCUGAUUGUGGAGAAGGAGCAAGCGUUGGCCGAUCUGAACUCGGUGGAGAAAUCACUGGCAGAUCUCUUCAGGAGAUACGAGAAGAUGAAAGAAGUUCUGGAGGGGUUUCGGAAGAAUGAAGAAGUGUUAAAGAAAUGCGCGCAGGAAUAUUUAUCACGUGUCAAGAAGGAAGAGCAGAGGUAUCAAGCACUCAAAAUUCACGCUGAGGAAAAACUGGACAGAGCCAAUGCUGAAAUUGCACAAGUGAGAGGCAAGGCGCAGCAGGAGCAAGCGGCGUAUCAGGCCAGCCUUCGGAAAGAGCAGCUGAAAGUGGAUGCUUUGGAAAGGACACUGGAACAAAAGAAUAAAGAGAUAGAAGAAUUAACAAAGAUUUGUGAUGAACUCAUUGCCAAAAUGGGGAAAAGCUAACUUUUAACCAAAUUUCUGGACUUCGAUAUUGAGUGCAAUAUGACCAUUGGCACACUGAUGUCCAUACAUUUAUGUGGACAGGUUAUAUUUUCACUUUUCGUAUGCACUACUGUAUUUUCUUUCUAAAUAAAGUUGAUUUAACUGUAUGCAGUACUAAGAUGACUAUCAGAAUUUCUUGCUAUUGUUUGCAUUUUCAUAGUAUAAUUCAUAGCAAGUUGAUCUCAAAGUUCCUGUAUCAGGGAGAUUGUCAAAUUCUCUAAAAAAUUACAAAUUGCUGAUCCUAGCCUUCCCUUUGUACAUGAGUUCCCAUGUUGGAUGUCUUUUGGAUUUAAUAUAAACAUGUAUUACUUGCAUGGGGACUCUUGCCUUAAGGAGUGUAAACUUUAUCUGCAUUUGCUGAUUUGUAAAAUAAAAUGAAAAAUGAAAAAAAAAAUCGUACCCGAAAAUGCAUGUCACUUAAAUGAAAUUCUCUAUUGUAAAUAAAUUUUUUCGUUGAAAGUUGA